GCUGCUUAAAAAAAUCGGAAAGUCCGUAGAACACAGGAAAACGUAGUAGCAAUCUUCGUGCUAAAAACCCAAGGAGAGAAAAUUCGCAAAAAAAAAAGUCAUUUAUUCAUCGAACAAUUAACAGAGCAAGAUACACCGGUGUCCAAACAGCUGUAGAGAUUCUUAGAAACGUCCUUAAGAAACAUAUAACCCGUGCGUAGGUACGGUUGACUUUUAAAACAGCUCGGCCGACGAAGAGGAAACAAAAACCUGUUUGAGGAAAUUUUCACUCCCAUAACACCGUCAUAGGCACAGAAGUUCACAAGAGUAAAGCCGAAGGCAGAAUUUAACUGCGUGUUUUCUGAACUAAAAAGAUAAAAACCCCAAAAAAAAGAUACGUGGACAUAAAUUCUCAUCGUAACAAUAUAUCCACGCGAAAAGUGAUCAAAUAUUUCGCAAGUCACGGAACGCACUUUACUCGCUAACAAAGUACGUACGGAUCGUGUGCGAAUGGAAUGCCGUAAGAAGGCUGCCAUAUGUAUAUAUAUAUACAUAAUGACCGGAUUUUUCCACUCGAGUAGGAUCGUACGAUCUAUACUGAUCGAGACUAAAUCAUGGAUCGAAUUUGCUCGGCGCAAGGGAACUGUUGCCAGUCCAAGGGAUGGGGAAGACGUGGCGGAAGUACGGGAAGCAAUUUUGAAGAACACGGAAAUAACACAGGACCAUUUGACCCCGGAAUUAAAGUUGCAUCUGCUGACACCAAACUGUCCAUUGUACCACGCACCGAAUGAAGAUAAAUCAAGAUCGGUGGGAAUACCCUGGCCUUAUCAAGAUCCAUUUUGGUCCAUAUACUGGCCAGGUGGGCAGGCAUUGACCAGAUUCAUCUUGGACGAAGGAAAUACAAUUUUUAGAUCUUCGUCAAACGGAACUUCCGCUUUGCGUAAGGAUGAAAUAACUGUGCUUGACCUUGGUGCCGGAUGUGGUGCCUCGGCCAUUGCGUCUAAGCUGACAGGAGCGUCGAGUGUCUUGGCUAACGAUAUAGAUCCUGUUGCAUGCGUGGCAAUGAAUAUGAACGCGGCUUUGAACAGCGUGCAAAUUUCAAUUUCCAAAGAGAAUUUAAUUGCACAGCCGUACAAUGGUAAUUUUCACGUUAUUCUCGUUGGGGAUCUUCUCUACGACGAGGUUAUAGCAGGAUCACUUAUUGUCUGGCUCAACGAGGCCCUUGCUGCGGGUUCACAAAUAUAUCUUGGUGAUCCCGGAAGACACGGCCUCACGGAUACCUUACGUAGACGUUGGAAGAUACUACGAGAAUAUCCACUUCCAGAAAAUGUCCGUAGGGAGAAUCGUGGUUUCGACACAGCCUGUGUGUGGCAGUUUUCAUGAAUAAAAUUGGCGAAAAUCCCUGAACUUUGGUAUAUGUAGGCUCACCCGUCUAUCACACCUGACGAGAGUGUACCUGGUGUGUAAAGUCCAAAAAAUUGUGCAACUAUAAAAGUCGUCUGUGGCAAAUCGAGAAAUUUGUGAUUAAAUAAAAUUAUCGCGAUAAGCGUACCAGGAUUUACUUGGCACACUUAUGUGAAAAGUUGCGAUUGGCCUUUUGCUUUCGCCAAUUCACGGUAUGUCUGCCAAUUUUCUAAGAACGACCUUCGAUCCGGCCAUUUCUCCCGACAGUUUCUACACGCUUGGACAAUGAUCGUAGAUCAAGGUUCAUGGAUCUGGUAGAGCAAAGAUCUUCUAGACGGUUGUUACUCAUGAAAUAAUUAUUUAAAUUAAAUACUUACUUUUUUACUCAGCAUAGUGUCCAGACUCCCAUGAAGUACAAGACUAGAGCGCAGUGACGUCAUGUUGGACAAUUUUAUUCUGCAUUCAUCUUUACACCACUCGCGCAGUUGCAAGGUUGUUCAUUUGGGUUGACCAACGGACAUUGAAUCAGGCAACCUUCUCCGGAAUACUCUGUAAUAAUUAAUGGUUCAGAGAUGAAGGAGGUGCUUUAAUUACUGUAACAAAUACUGAUUCGUCAUCACGCGUCGUUGAAGUUUGCCUCCAAUUACCGCUUUUCGAACAAGCAUCAGGAAGUUUCUACUGGAUUGCGCAACGUCUUGGAAAAUUUCAGACCAAACAAGCUACUGGCAAAUUGUAUGGAACUAUUAAUUGAGUACUAAAAGUUUUAUCGAGUAUCACGUUGAGAACGUUUGUGGACACCAUUAUCAGAUUUUCCCAUAAGGUCUAUGUAUAAUCAUAAGCUUCAAAAUGGACAAAACUGUAAAAACAGAGAAAAGAAAGCGUAGAGAAACGUAAUGUAUAGGAUUCAAAAUUUGACCUCUUGAAUUAUAUUAGACCUAAAAUCCA